CACCAAGCCCGAAAAAUCCCCAAAAAAUCUCCAAACUGGUAUAAUCGACCUUUAACAUUCGAAGAUUUGAUAGCUGGUGGAUCUUUGAUCUGUGUCUCGACGAUCUCCAUUAUUCUCUAUGCUGUUGUAAUGAAAGUUAUGAGGAAAUCGGAUAAGGAAAUUGUCGGGUAUCGAUUUUUGAUAUCGGCAGGAUUCGCCGAUAUCCUACUGCUCAUUAACUACGGUAUUUGGCCUGGACUUACGAUUUUGCUGAAAUCGGAGAUCAUCUCAAAAACAUCGCGACAUUGGCUUCAGCUGUAUCUGGAUUGGGCUUGGUUUUCGAUGGUUUGGCAUUAUGCAGUCGUUGGAUGGUCGCGAUGGUUAGCGAUUCGAUCUCCGCAUUCGUUUCGAUGUCAAAGUCGACGAUACUCCUACGCAAUAUGCGCGUGUUGUUACAUCAUCUCCUUAAUGGAGGUCUUGGCAACGCAUUUCCAACCAUGGUAUGUGACCUUUUACUACGAACCAUCAUCAUAUGGGAUGUUAGCAGAAGACUUCACCCUGUAUCUAACCGGAGGGCAAUCCACUAUGUUCCUUGCAUACCAUGUAGCUGCCAUCAUUCCCCCAACUGUUUUUUAUGCGUGGACAGUCGCAAUUCUUGUAAAACGACGACGUUCAGCUCAAAAGACGAAAACUGCAAUGCACAUUUUGAACAGCAAUAUCGAGAGCAGGUUGCUUCUGCCGUGUUUCAUCAAUAUGGUUGUGUUCAUUGUUGGUCAAGUGGUGAUCACUCAUGAAACGGGCGAAGGCAAAUGGGCUGGAUUUACCAUAAUGCUUGUGUUCUGCACAAACUCCGCCCUCAAUCCUCUUCUGCUGCUCGUUUGCUCGAAAUCCAUCAGGAAGCAUGUACUGGUGCUUCUCGGGUUGACUCGUCCAGCAUACUCUUCACAAAAGUACACAUCGACAAUUUACAAGAAUCCGAUAACUGUACGAAGCAAAACGGACAUAAUGAUACCUAGUCCAGCGAUGAGUGUUCAACAAGUUCAAAUCUGUGUUAGUUCAACGAGUUCCGAAUCAUCCACACACCUGUAG